AAAAGCCGCGAAGAGAAAACCGGCCAAGUCGAUCUCCAAGUUUUCUAAAUCUAUGUUUUGCGUUUUAUGAUUUCAAACAUGACCGUCGAGAGAUGUCCGGAUAAUCCGAUGCCUGGUCGUCGUGAGAUUUUAGAUGGGAAGCCUGGUAAAUACGUGUGGCAAACUUAUGAAGAAGUAUAUGAAUUGGUAAUUAAAGUGGGAAAUGCUAUGCAAAGUUGUGGUUUUGGGGAAGGAGAAAAAUGUGGCAUUUAUGGUGUGAAUUCUCCAGAAUGGGAUUAUAAGCAUGGAGGCCUGCAAUGCUCAUGGACUUUAUUGUGUUCCUUUAUAUGAUACUCUAGGAUGAAAAUCGAUAUAGCGCUGGAAGAUCAUGAGGAGCACAUAAAAUGAAACAUGCUGAGAAAGCACGGAAUCUGGUCAGCAAAAUAC